ACUUGUUCCGACAGCAACCUACGGCUUCACUUUCACAUUGCGCCCCCCAAACUUGACUUCAUCUUCUCGGAAACAACAUAACAACCACAAGCUACCGAAUUGAUUCUAUCAGCCGUCUAUUCUUCCUGCGCGUAGUCACUGGCUUCAACACAAAAUCCUCGCAUGGCGAACUUCGCUGUCGCCAAUGGCGAGUAACCACCCUGCGACCGUGUCCGACCACCACCACCACCACCACCAAGAAUCCGUCAAGAGUCGACACCACAAUCCCCAUGAUGCUAGCGCCUCGAUGUCUCGUACACCCACAUCUCCACGCGAUGCCUUCAAACGAUCACGACAUGUCGUAGCCACAGGAAGCAUCUCUACCGACUCCUCCGUCCACCCUCCAAUCGCUUCACCGACAUGUCCUCCCACGAAACCUGCCGCUCCUCCCGCCACGUCCCUACCAACCAUCCCGGGCGGCAAUUCGGACGAAGACCUGUCCUCCCGCUCCUCGUCCUCUUCCGACCUGACAGGCCCCCAUCCUUCCGCUACUUCCGACGGCACAUCCCCUUCUCCACCCUCCCCAACGCCGUCCGACCCCGCUCCACCGAACAAGAAGAAGCAGGAUGAGAGCACUAGACCCAGAAAGACCUCCGCCUCGGCCAAGCCGCCAACGCACGGUCGUGUUCGAAGGCUGUCUGCUGUUGACAUACAGCAGUUGACUUCUGAAGCCGAGUCUCUCCCCGUCGCCAUCUUCGACGGAGAAGGAAGUGUCGUCGACCUCGAUCGAAGCCGGUCACGAUCCCAGAAUCCACGCCCACUCCCCGCCGACCAGCUAAAAUCCAGACAAUCUGUACUCCCACCGAACAACCUCACACAGCCUGGAGCUACAAGACUCGAUACGACGGGGAGGGAUUCACAACGGGCCUCCGAACAUUGGCCUCGCCCCGGUCUGGGAAGGACGACGUCCACGCCUCCGGGGAACAGAAAGUCGCAGAACACGGAUACGGAUUCCCCAAGCUCGUCCCCUCGCCGAAACUCCCUCAAUCCCUCCUCCGUCCGACCACCCGCCUUGAAGCUCGCUAUCAACGUCCACCCCAAUGCCGACGACCAGGCCUCUCGCUCGUUCGCGAGACCUGUCUCUCGGCCUCCAUCCAUCACGACCACGCAAUCCCAGCUGCGACCAUUCCAAUCUUCUGCGCAACCAGGUCUACCUCUACCCUCACCGAUGCCGCCCUCGAUCCCUCUCCCGCCGAUGUCCAUACCCACUCACCUUCAGCUUGAGCUGUCUACGCAACGGCCCAGUCCGCUGUACAUUCAUCAGUCCUACGCCAACGAAAUUCCCUACGAAUCCACCGCCGUCAAGUUGGAACGCCUGAAGAAUGUCCUCGUCCUCCCCUUCUACCUCGAACGAACCCUCAACUUCGGCGCCCUUGCCUGUCUCGAUGCGUGGCUUUACAACUUCACCAUUCUCCCCAUACGGUUCUGCAUCGCCGUGGGUGUCCUGGUCAAGUGGUGGUGCUACUUCAUCGUGAAGGAGGCGAAAUGGGCCGUCAGCUAUGUCUGGCGCGGCCUAAAGAGGAGAGUCUGGUCCCGGGGGAGCAAGAGCCGUCGUGGCUCAGAACAACCUUGCCCGGAGUGUGACAUCCAACAGGGCGCGCCGGGAGGCCGGGGCCCAGGUCAGAAUGAGACAGGUCGUCCUCAGGACGUUCUUCUGACGCAAGACGAAAGGAGGCGCGCCGUAUCGUCUCUCCGUCUGCGCUCAGAUAGCAAGGCGGCUGCUGGCAAUGGCCAUGCCGCCGACGCUUCUGCUCAACACACCAAGGGUGCCCAUCCGCUUCCCCACAAGGACCAUGACCACAAUCACUCGGGACAUGGCAUCUCCGGACACCGGAGGGCCAAGUCGUUGCCUUCCAACUUGACCAAUAUGCACAAGGCCGACAUCCUCUUGGGCGGUGUCAUUAUCCUCAGUUCCCUCUUUCUCAUGAGGCUCGAUGCCAGCCGCAUGUAUCAUGUGAUCCGUGGACAGGAUGCCAUUAAGCUCUAUGUCAUUUACAACGUUCUCGAGGUUGGAGACCGGCUCCUCUCCGCCCUCGGCCAGGACGUGUUUGAGUGUCUCCUGGGUACCGAAACGGUCUCCCGAACACCGGCCGGACGGUCCAAGGUCCUGAAGCCUGCCGGCCUCUUCCUGCUGGCCCUGGCCUACAACAUCAUCCACUCGGUGGCGCUCUACUACCAAGUCAUCACCCUCAACGUCGCCGUCAACUCGUACUCGAACGCGCUCCUGACGCUGCUCCUGUCGAACCAGUUCGUCGAGGUCAAGAGCACCGUCUUCAAGCGCUUCGAGAAGGACAACCUGUUCCAGCUGACGUGCGCCGACAUUUCCGAGCGGUUCCAGCUCUGGCUCAUGCUCUUCAUCAUCGGGAUGCGCAAUGUCGUCGAGGUCGGGGGCCUGUCCAUCCCGGGCGCCGGCGACUUGAAGGCGACCAGCACGAAGCCGCUCCACAGCCCGUCUAUUCUGCCGCACAGCUUUACUAUGUUGCCCACGUGGAUUUGGUCAGGCGAAGUGCUCUCUCCUUUCCUUAUUGUGAUUGGCAGCGAGAUCCUCGUCGAUACCAUCAAACACGCCUAUGUCAACAAGUUUAAUAAGAUCAGGCCCACAUUUUACAGCCGUAUUCUGGACAUACUGUCGAAGGAUUACUACACUAAUGCCUUCGUCACACCAAGUCUUACCCGCCGGGUCGGGCUCGCCGUCGCUCCCCUCUCGUGCCUAUUCAUUCGAUCAUCCAUUCAGACAUACCACAUGUUCCUGUCGUCCCACGUCUCGGUCCCCAUCGUCGAGUCGACGCAGACGUCCCUGUCGGCCGAGUCGGCCACGCCCUCGUCGCCGGUGAUGCUGGCGGCGCUCGACAGGCUCGACACCCUCCUCCGGGACGCCCUGGGCCGCUCGGUCUACGGGUAUCCGUACGGACGGGCGAGCGGGAAAGGCCGUGGGUGGCUGGAUUGGACGACCGACGACGUCAUCGCCGCCGUGACCAUGCUCGUGGUCUUCUUCAUCGCGUUCUUGGUCCUGCUCAUCGUCAAAAUCCUCCUCGGCAUGGCGCUCCUUCGCUAUUCGAGGAACCGGUACGCCAGGAUGAAGGUCAAGGAGCAUCUCAUCUCCGUGGGCCAGGCCUCCCCGGAGUCGUAUGAUGCGGAGGGAAAACGGCUGGGGGGUUAUGGCCACGUUGAAGUCACGGAGGAGAAGAGGAGGUGGAUUAACGCGGAUAAGGACGAGGGGCUCAAGGGGAAAGGAAGGCCUGACAAGUCGGAGAAGAAGACGCCUGAGGGGGAAUACCAGGGCGUGCAGAGGUAUGAGAUGGUUACGAAACGCAUUUGGUAGGCGUUUUUAUAUUUCUAUUUUUAUAUAUACAUGAUCAUCAGGUGGUGUUGUUCGGCAUU